CACUCUCCAAUUAAGGAAUACAAAUCCUCUUCUAAACCCUAAAUUUCUUAACACCUUAUUUUCUUUGAGGGAGAAUGGCUUCAAAGAACUCAGCCACUUUGGCACUCUUCUUGGCCCUUAACCUCCUCUUCUUCACCCUAACCACGGCCUGCGGCGGCGGUUGUGGCCCCACCGCCAAACCCAAGCCGAAGCCCAAGCCGAGCCCUGUCCCCUCUGGCAAGUGCCCUAGGGACACCCUCAAGCUCGGCAUCUGCCUUAACGUCCUCAAAGGCCUCGUUGACCUGCAGUUGGGCCAGCCGCCGGUCAAGCCAUGCUGCUCUCUCAUCGAGGGUCUUGCCGAUCUUGAAGCCGCUGCUUGUCUCUGCACCGUUCUUAAGGCCAACGUUCUCGGCCUCAAGCUUAAUGUUCCAGUCUCUCUUAGCCUUCUCCUCAAUGUUUGCAAGAGGAAGGCUCCAUCUGGCUUCAAAUGCGCUUGAGAUCAGUCAACUACGUGCAUGCAUGCAUGCAUAAUCAAUUUGUUAUCGAUUAAUCUUUUUUUCCUUUUUCUUUUAUUGUUGUUAUUUCCGUUCCUCUUCGUCGUCGGUUCAUGUCAUUAUUUGUUUGGUUAAAUGAUGGAAUAAAGUUUGGAGUGUGCGGGAGAUAAUUAUCAAAUAUAAA